UUUCAAGUUUGAUCAUGUAAAAUAUGGACUAUUUUGGUCACUAGAAUACCACUUUUUUUUUCUUUUUUUUCAAUGAAAUUGAUCACUUGAAAUCAAGAGGAUCUUGCUCCAGGUCCUAGAGUUUGAAAUUCAUGUACCUGAGAUGGAGAGAUUGGAUGUGUCCGAAGAUCAGUCGAGACAACAACAAUUAAAAGAAGGAAAAAAGACCAACUCAAACAUAUUCUGAACUUUUCUAUUUAGUUAACAGUGGAUUGGAAAUUUAACCCUAUUGUGAACGAGGCAAGUCCAUGGAUAAAAAGCUUGCAGAUUUAGCUCCUUUCAAGCAAACAUGGUGGUGGAGCUCAGCGGAACCUAAAUGACGUGACUGUGUAAAUGAACGAAGUGCCACUCCAACAAUACUAAGUGGGACGGCUUCUAAUCUAGUAUAAAAGGCACAAGCUGUGGGGUCAUGCAUGCCUAAAGUGGGACAAAGAUUUAAAAGUGCCCCACCCAACUACACAAAGUGGGGUGGGGAGGGGCUUCUGAUGGUGGGAACAUACUCAAUGGGAAAGAAACUUGAACCCACAAACAAUUAAUCAAACCGGCCAUGUUAUUAGUGGUUGCUUUCGUCUGUGGACAACUGUGUAGGUAGGACAGUGAUGAACAUCCACAUGGAGCGAUAUAAUUUACAGUUUGUUGGACCCUCUUCACAUUACAAGUAUUUCCCACUAUUUAAUGCUUGCUCCACAAAGAGUAUCGAUUUUUUGGUAUUGCUGAAGGAUUCCUUUUUGUCCAUAUCGCCAUUUGGUUUCUUUCAUAAAAUAUUAAACAAAUUCGCACUCUGUAUUCCUUCAUCUCUCUCCUUACUCCUUCACAUCCUCCUUUUCUUCUUACCAUGGAGACCUUUAUCAGGGUGUUUUCACCACCACCUGCAUUAAUCAGCAGCAGCAAGUUCUUGCUGCCGCCUACCCUUUUAGUUUCUUCUCCAAGAGCUUAUAAAACGUCUUCAAGAAAGUGUCGUCAUGUGAUCCGAAGCAGCAAGUUUGGGAACUUUCUUGACUUGAAGCCGGAGUUACAACCCGAGUACUUGAACUUUGAUCUCCCAUGGUUCGAACCAGCAUCUGAUCGGUCUCGCUUUGACGUGAUCAUCAUUGGCACCGGCCCGGCUGGUCUUCGUCUUGCGGAGCAACUGUCAUGCUAUGGAAUUAAGGUAUGUUGUGUUGACCCUUCGCCACUUUCUAUGUGGCCUAAUAACUAUGGGGUUUGGGUGGACGAGUUCGAGAGCUUGGGGCUUGAGGAUUGCUUUGACAAACUAUGGCCUAUGAGUUGCGUGUACAUCAAUGAAAACAAGACCAAAUAUUUGGACCGUCGCUAUGGUCGAGUUAGUAGGAAAAAACUGAAAACGAAACUAAUGGAAGGAUGUCUCUCCAAUGGAAUCAUUAAGUUUCACAAGGCCAAGGUCUGGAAAAUUGAGCACCAGGAGUUUGAGUCUUCCAUUUUGUGUGAUGAUGGGAAUGAAUUGAAGGCAAGCUUAGUGGUUGAUGCAAGUGGCUUUGCAAGCCCUUUCGUAGAAUAUGAUAAGAGAAGGAAUCAUGGGUAUCAAAUUGCCCAUGGCAUUUUAGUUGAAGUGGAUGACCACCCUUUUGAUUUGGAUAAGAUGGUUCUCAUGGAUUGGAGAGAUUCCCAUCUAGGAAAUGAGCCUGAUUUGCGAGUUAGCAAUUCAAGGUUUCCUACUUUUCUCUAUGCAAUGCCAUUCGAUUCAAACUUGAUAUUCUUAGAGGAGACUUCUUUGGUUUCUCGGCCGGCGUUAUCAUAUAUGGAGGUGAAGAGAAGGAUGGUGGCAAGAUUAAGGCAUUUAGGAAUUAGAGUGAGAAAAGUACUGGAGGAUGAGAAGUGUUUGAUCCCAAUGGGAGGCCCUCUUCCCCAAAUCCCUCAGAAUGUGAUGGCCAUUGGUGGGACUUCCGGGGUCGUGCACCCUUCAACUGGGUACAUGGUGGCUCGGACAAUGGCUCUAGCCCCUGGCUUAGCCAAUGCUAUUGCUGAGUGCCUUGGAUCAACCCGGAUGAUUAGAGGGCAACCACUUUAUCAUAGAGUGUGGAAUGGCCUGUGGCCACUUGAGAGGAGAUAUACAAGGGAAUUUUACUCUUUCGGAAUGGAGACUCUUUUGAAGCUUGAUCUGAAAGGGACUAGAAGGUUCUUUGAUGCUUUCUUUGAUUUGGAUUCCUAUCAAUGGCAAGGGUUCCUUUCCUCAAGGUUGUCUUUCCAAGAGCUUGUUCUGCUAAGCUUAUCCUUGUUCGGGCAUGCCUCAAUUCCGUCCAGGGUUGACCUUGUUACAAAGUGCCCUGUGCCCCUAGCUAAAAUGGUGGGCAAUCUAGCACUGGAAGCUAUUUAAUGACCAUUUAAGUAUGGAAUGUUGCAGCAUGUGUCUUGAAUCUUGAUAUGUAAAAGGUUCAAAUAUUGUGGCUUCUUGAGUCUAAGAACAAGUUUUAAAGGCUUUGUUAAUUGAUGCAUCUGUUAUAGAAACA